AGAAAACUGGAUCAGAUGGUGACUGCCCACUUAGGCAUCAUCGUGUUAUCACUUCAGAUCCAGGGGUUUCCUUCCCACGGUACCAAGGGCUUUCCAUCUUCCACGCAGGAUAGAGGACCAGCUCCCCGCGCACUCUGGUGAUCCACGUGCACAGAAAUCUAGUCCGCAUCAUUCCCUGACAGCACUACGAGAGAGAGGAGAGGCAGAGGCACGGCUGGAUUCUCAGACUGCUAUCGUGCAGCAUGACCGACACAGUGAUGAGCGGCGGCUCGGGUCGCUGGGUGUCUAACGACAGGCAGAGGAGCAUGCGUCCAAGUGAUAAAGAGCAGGGGAAUUGGACAACGCAGUCGGGCUCUGGUCCUGGUCCGGACUUAACAGAUGAAGAGAAGGAGAUUAUAAACAAUGUGAUUGCCCGUGCUGAGAAAAUGGAGGCCAUGGAGGAGGAGAGAAUUGGGCGCCUGAUAAACCGCCUAGAUGACAUGAAGAAGACUGUGUGCGGGGAUGGAGUUUCUCGCUGCUUGCUGUGUGGGGAGCAGCUGGGCUCACCUGGGGUCUGCUCCGUUGUGUGUGAGGACUGCAAAAAGAACAUGUGCACAAAGUGUGGCACGCAGUGUGGCAGUCGACCUCGCCCUGUGUGGCUGUGCAAGAUCUGCAGAGAACAACGAGAGGUAUGGAAGAGGUCCGGGGCCUGGUUCUUCAAAGGUUUUCCGAAGCAGUUCCUCCCGUCACCCAUGCCGUUGACCAAACCGAAGGAGACAGCUCCUCAGGAAGCAGCAGAGCCUCAGAAGCCAACAGCAUCUGAGCCUAGGGAGGCAGACACUCAACCAAAACCACCAGGUCCCAAUCACAGACAGGCUUCAGCCGCUGAGGAGCAAGUGUCAGGUGCACAGACACUGGUUCGUGCUGGUUACCCACCUGUGGCCCCUAAACCAGCAAUGCGUAUGGCUGCCGGUGGGGUUGGCCCUGAAGAAGCGGGUCAGGGCAGUCCAGUGGUGAUGAAAAAGAUGGUGCCUGUACACAGCUCCAGGGCACAACUUGUUGCUUCAGCCACCAUGUCCCAGCAGGGUCCAAUGGCAGGAGAUGUAGGUGCUUAUGCUUCAGAGCAGAGAGCACCUCCUGCUGUAAGAGAGGACAGGAGGCAGCCCACUGCCUAUAGCACAACCCCACCCCGACAGCAACCUCCCUCGGCUGAUGAGGAGGAGGAGGCCAAUGACUAUGACUCUGAUGAAGCCACAACUCUGGGCUCUCUUGAGUUUGGCCUCUUCUAUGAUCAGGAAAGCAACAGCCUCCACUGUAGCAUUCUCAAAGCAAAGGGACUGAAGCCCAUGGACUCCAAUGGGCUUGCAGAUCCUUAUGUGAAGCUUCAUCUGCUGCCUGGGGCUAGUAAGUCAAACAAGCUGCGUACAAAGACCCUGAGAAACACCCGCAACCCUGCGUGGAAUGAAACGCUCACCUAUCACGGCCUGACAGAUGAGGACAUGCAACGUAAAACCCUCAGACUGUCUGUCUGUGAUGAAGACAAGUUUGGGCACAAUGAGUUUAUUGGCGAAACCCGGGUAGCGCUGAAGAAGCUGAAGAUGAAUCAGAAGAAGAACUUCAACGUCUGUUUAGAGAGGGUUGUGCCUACAAAGAGGACUGCGACAGCAGGAGCAGCUAGAGGGAUGGCACUCUACGAAGAUGAGCCAGGGAAAGAGGGCACGGAGGCAGAGGAACGUGGUCGCAUUCUGAUGUCCCUCAUGUAUAACACCCAGCAGAAUCGCCUCAUCGUGGGGGUCGUACGCUGCGUUCACUUGGCUGCCAUGGAUGCUAAUGGUUACUCUGACCCAUAUGUCAAAAUAUGCCUGAAACCUGACAUGGGGAAGAAGGGCAAGUGCAAAACACAAAUCAAGAAGAGGACUUUAAACCCAGAGUUUAAUGAGGAAUUUAGCUUUGACAUCAAACACAGUGAACUGGCAAAGAAGAUAUUAGACAUCUCUGUGUGGGAUUAUGACAUUGGGAAGUCCAACGAUUACAUAGGUGGCUGUCAGCUCGGCAUCACCGCCAAAGGGGAGAGGCUGAAGCACUGGUAUGAGUGCUUGAAGAACAAGGACAAGAAGAUCGAGCGCUGGCACACCUUAGUGAAUGAGAACCACAUUGCCAGUGAUUAACCAUACAGCAUGGGCUCACACCUAAUCAAAUUGCAUUCAUGUCUUGUUGCACUUUUAUAAAUGUAGUUUUAUUUGUUUUCAUAUUGAUUUUAUCAUCCCUGAACAGGCAGACACUGUUUCUUCCUUCUCCGAAUUUAGCAUAUAAUUCCCUUGUUUUCAUAGGAAGCGGUUUCUCUAUUGAUACCAAAUUUGCCUCUGGCACAAAUCACAAUAUGUAAAUUAAUUUGAAAUUUAAGUAACGCAAGCCAAACAAACUGUCAUCAAAAAAACUGCAACAAAAGGCCUUCAGAUCCUUCAGAAAUGCUUUUAAGUGACACAUUCUUCCCUGAAGGAAAUUAAAUUUCCAUUGCACUGGUACAGAUCAGGAAAAGAAAUAUGUUAUGGCAUAAGUUCCAUUAUCCAAGCUCAAGAAGGCCUCAAACUGAACACACAACCCAAAUUCAUUACAUAAUUGCUGUAUGAAACAUAUAGAGCUCUAUAAGCAUGCCAGGCCACAGCUGCACCUUAAAAUAAAUCAGAUGUGUGAUCAUACUGUAUAUUUCCACAAAGAAAUGUUUACAUAUGAUACAUUGCUCAGGUUAGGAUAGACAUCUGAUUCAGAUGAUUCAUUCGUGAGUGAACCAUGAGCUAGAAAAAGCUGUAAUCAGUUGCUGUUAAUUUGUGGUUUAAAAAAAUAUUAUGGCACACCUAUGUAGUUUAACAGAAGUUUUUCUGUGGUAUUUAAGAUCUGUGCGCUAUUUUACGUUUGUAGGGCGUAUUAACUAUGUGUUGAGAGAAACUGGAAAGCGUAACCAAGAUUCUGAUCUUUCAUUUUAUUUCUUUGGGGGAUAAAACAAAAUAAAUAGAAACACGUCCUGCUACCUCUGCUCGUUCUAAGCUUGCGGUUCACUCUGACAGCUCAGAGGGUUUUUUACUGCACUGUUUACACUGAAUACACACCAUCAAGUUUCCUACCCGUUUACAGAAGAGAGAAAACAGAAAAAGUCAUGUCAAAGGUAUGUGCAGCUUUUACCUGCAUGCACUGUGCUUGUGACUCUCAUGUGCCUGGGGCAGUCUUAGCCUGCUUUUACUCCAAACACACCCCACCCGCCCUCUCUCUUUCUCCCUCUCUCUUUUCCACACCCUAAUUAUCUAAGGCUUCAGUGAGUGUUUGUUCACUAAUUAAAGCAAAUUAAGGAAAGCACACCUUAAAUGGUGGAAUUAGACAGGGAAUUGUCUGCUAGUUAUUCCAGUCUCAAAAAAAGACAAAAAAAUCCUAUGCAUGAUAUUUAUAUAUAUAUAUAUAUAUAUAUAUAUAUAUAUAUAUAUAUAUUGUUAUAUAUACUUCGCUAGAAAUAAACGCUAUUGUAUCUUCGUUAAUGUUUACACCUUUCACCAUAACAUUCCUACUGAUACAGAGGCCAUACUCUGCAUGACUAUGAUUAUUAUGGUUUAAUCUGUACUUACUGGUUUGCUAGUAUACACAGGAUUGACAAAAUAUCAACUAAGCACAUAAAUAUAAGAAGUCUAUGAGUAGCAGAUCAAUCUUAAUGUUCAACUGAGAGAUCCUCUACGUUCAAAGCUUACCAGUGUGUUGUUUUCUGAGUAAAGAGCAAUGCCCAGAUGUGACAGCAACCUAGUCCUACACUGUGUUACAUCAUCAACUUUGAUCAUGGUGAAAUGAUCGUCAGUUGCUCCUAAAAACAGAAAAACAGGCUUCUCUCUGAGCUAUGUUAAUAGCCGCCUCCUACUUCAUUCUGCCAGUUCCGUGGAAUGUUCCUUAAUCUCUGUAUCUGUACAUAGACAGUGCAUGAAGUGGAAAUCUGUAUGUUUGCUAAUAACUUUGCAUGUAAAGGUUUUGCACAAAGUUUACACAGGCCAAUAAAAUCUGGUGAAAAUUCA